CACCUCUUCCCAGGUACAGUGUAGUUUAAAAAGGAGUACACCAGUCUCUUCAGCUCAGCCCUGACUAUCACCAUGGCCAACCAGCACCAAAAAGAAACAGUUCCUCGUCCAGAGUUGUUUGAUUUUCACGGUGUGUCAAUGACUGAUUCUUUCACUGACAACUGGGACAAUGUCCAGAACUUCCAGGCAAAACCUGAUGAUAUUCUUAUUGCAACAUAUCCCAAAGCAGGUACAACCUGGGUGUCCCACAUGUUGGACCUGUAUUUUGGGAAGUCUUCCCCCAAGCGUGGGGUCUCCCUGCCCAUCUAUGAGAGAGACCCAUUCCUGGAGAUCUGCAUCCCAAUUCUUCCCACAGUGCUAUUUGGCUCCUGGUAUGGCCAUGUGAAAGGGUGGUGGGAGAAAAAACAAGCUUACCCCAAACUCCUCUAUCUACACUACGAAGAUCUAGCAGAGGACAUGGAUCGGGAGUUGGACCGUGUGUGCUCAUUCCUGGGUGUGUGCCCAACUGAGGAGGAGAGACAUCAGGGAAAGUUGGCGAUUGGAAGAAUCACUUCACUGUGUAUCAGAACGAAAAGUUUGACAAAGAGUACCAGAAGAAGAUGAUGAAUAUCACAAUUCGGUUCCGGACUGAGAUUUAGGCAGGUGUCCAUCACCCAGGACAAGGGUCAGCUGCAAAUGCAAUUCACUGGCAGUUGAGAAAAAGCUGCACAGAAAGUUUUUCCCAAAAUUUAAGGUGAAGAGUGAUGAAUAGUGUGUCUAUGGUAAGACUGAGAAGGCAGGCAUCAGGUCUGGACUAACAACAGCGGUCAAAUACUUAUUUUUCACUCAUUCAACUUUUCAGCAAUGCUCACAUCGAAA